GUAGAUAUACCCGACGUAUGUAUCUGCCCUUUGAUCGGACAAGUAUUAUAAUUUAACGUGUAUCGACACCUCUUAGACAAGUUCCGUUUCGUUCACAGGUGAAACGUCAUGUCCUCACCAGUUACAUCGCAGCCCCAGCCUUUCGCCGCCCAAGGUCAGCGAUUAUGGAGCUCGGGUACUUUCGGCUGCUUCAGUGACAUGGGAUCGUGUUUGAUUGGAACACUGUGUCCGGUUAUCUUGGCUAUGCGUAUAGCGGGAGAUAUGGGGGAGUCGAGUUGUGUCCCUUGCUGCGUUCCUGCUUCGACCAUAGUGAUGAGGACAAAAACCAGAAUGAUGUUUAAUAUCCAGGGGUCGAUUAUGGACGACUGCCUUAUUACGCACUUUUGCUGCCCUUGCGUCAUAUGUCAAAUGGCGCGUGAACUGGAAUAUGUUAAGAAGAUUCAACAGUGAAAACAAAACAACAAAGGUUUUCCAUAUAUAAACAAUUUAGGGUCUACUACAUACAAAGUGUAUUACACAAACAACAGACGAUUUCCAUAUAUAAACAAUUUAGGGUCUACUACAUACAAAGUGUCAUACACAAACAACAGACGAAUUACAUAUAUAAACAAUUUAGGGUCUACUACAUACAAAGAGUCAUACAAAAACAACAAACGAAUUACAUAUAUAAACAAUUUAGGGUCUGCUACACACAAGGUGUUAUACAAAAACAACAGACGAUUUACAUAUAUAAACAAUUUAGGGUCUACUACAUACAAAGUGUCAUACACAAACAACAGACGAAUUACAUAUAUAAACAAUUUAGGGUCUACUACAUACAAAGUGUCAUACAAAAACAACAAACGAAUUACAUAUAUAAACAAUUUAGAGUCUACUACAUACAAAGUGUCACACACAAACAACAGACGAAUUAGAUAUAUAUACAAUUUAGGGUCUACUACAUACAAAGUGUCACACACAAACAACAGACGAAUUACAUAUAUAAACAAUUUAGGGUCUGCUGCACACAAAGUGACAUACACAGAAAUUGAACUUUUGCGAGACGAUAACAUGUAUCAAAGUGUGCAGAAACAGUCAGUAGACCUGAAAUUAAAAACUUUUAAACAAUUUAUUUUUUGUUUCUGGGAGUCUGACCAUUCUUAAUAAAAAGGGCCGACUCUUAAAAAAAUUCGAUCUUUUAUUAAAAUAUAAGAAAAAAAGAAUACAAGUACUUCCAGUUCAUAACAUUUUAUCUGACCCAGUUGGGGUGAAUGUAAAAAAAGAAAAGAAAAUGGAAAAUGAAAGAAAGAAAAGAUAGAUCUACCCUACCUAUUAUAUACUCUUCAAAAAAGUAGAGGAACUCCA